AUGAUGCGCUGUGCUCUUGCCUGCACGCUCGCCUGUGCUCUCAUCUGUCCCUCGCCUGUGCUCUCAUCUGUGCCAUUGCCUUCGCUCUGGUCUCACAUGUACUUGAAUGGCAACGUCAUACCAGGCACUAUCCCAAUGAUGUUCUCCGUUCUUGUCAAUCUUGACACCCUCUUGACAGUUCAUGACCUGAACGUAAGGGCGAACCUGGUUCGGCCCAGGGCGAUCUGGUGGCUCAACAACAAUCAGCUGUCAGGGGCCAUCCCCCCACUUGUCGUUGCCAUGCCCUGGCUUCGGAUGCUGAACCUGGGUAGGAACCUGCUGAAGGGGGAGAUCGAGAGCAGUGUGUUUCAGAGCUCAGACAGGGUGAUCUUCGCCCGCCCUUCAGCAUCCCGAGCGGCAACGGCUGCUGUGGCUGGUCCCCCAGCCGUUGGUGGUCCACUGCAGCUGGAGAGCCUGUGCCUGAGCGACAACUUCCUGAGCGGCUCCCUUCCCGAUUCACUCAUGACUCUCAAACGCCUCAAAGACCUUCAGCUUCAGAACAACCAAUUAAAUGGGUCCAUUCCCAUUGUUGCCCCGUUAACCGUCCUCACGAAUCUCUCCCCACCUCCCCAGUCAUCUUCUUUUGUGUUUGUGUUCCCCCUCUUCUCUCGCCUGUCUCCUCCCCCGCAUGUGCGGUCUCGCUGUGCUGCUCCGCACUGCUCAGACAACAACUUCACAGGCACCAUUCCACAAACCAUUGGCGGCCUCCUGCUGCUCGAGCACCUGGACCUGAGUGGCAACCGCCUCAGCGGAGAGAUUCCCGAAACCUUCACAGGCCUUGUCAAGCUCACAGUCAUCAACCUGCGGGACAACCAGCUCACAGGCCCUCUGCCCAACCCGCCACCCAACAUCGUGCAGUACCAGCUCGACAAGAACUUCUUCACUCAGGGCUUCUCCUCCCCGCCCAACUGUGCCGUUGUCUCCGUCCGCGGCAACUGCGUCAGCCAGACCGAUCCUGGGCUCACCUGCCCGGGAGACAAGCAGAGGCAUCCAGAGGUCUGCUCGUCCUUCUGCGGCCUCUCUGCCUCAGACCCUCCUUGCAACGGCCACGGAGAAUGCCUCCUGGAGGGCCCGAACAAGGUUCCGGUGUGCCAGUGCUACGAGGGGUUUCAGAUCGGGGAGUACAGGGGCAGCUGCGUGCCUGUGGUGGGUGGGUCGGCGCUCAUAUCACUCCAGCCUGUGGAGGUGCCGGCUGCGCUGACUGCGACUGGGAGUGCGAGCGUGGAUGGGGUGGCAAAGUCCUUCACUCUCACGCCCCUGCAGGCGGGCACGACUGGAGCAGUGUUCCUGUCGGAAAAGGUGCCGCUCUUCUCCUACCAGCUCAUUGCUGACGGGUGCGGCCGCGAGCUCGCCUUCUCCUCCUCCUUCUCCUUCACUCUCACUCGUUCUGCCGCGGCCGGCGGCUCUGAAGGGUUUGCCUUUGUGGUGGCCUUUGAUGCCACGGCCCCAGCAGAGGUCGUGGCAGGCGGCAUGGGGUACGCGGGAAUGGCCGCUCGCAGCGUGGCAGUGGAGUUUGACACGUGGCAGGAUGGGGGAGCCAGCGGCAGUGGCGGCAGCAGCGGGACCAGCAGAAGCAGAAACAACAGCGGCGGCGGCGCCGGUGGCGGCGGCAGCGGCGGCGAACCCGGUGGGAACCACGUCAGAGUGAACGUGCACGGCAGCGCGUUGUCUGUUGCCACAGCUGCUGCCCCCACACCGCUCAAUGACGGCACUCCAAAGUACGCCUGGAUCGAAUACGACCCCUCCAUUCCUGCUGACGCCGCUGCUCCUGCAGCUACUGCUGCUGCCGCCGCUGCUGCUGCUGCUGCUGGUUCCCUGCGCCUCUUCCUCUCCUCCAGCCGCUCCCCGCGCCCGUCCAAGCCGCUGCUGUCAGCGCGCGUGUCCCUGUGUGACGUUCUCCAGCCCACGCGCCUGGCGAGCACGUUUGCGGUGGGCUUCACUGCAGCAUCGGGCAGCCAGGCGCAGAGGCACGCCGUCUCGUCGUGGAACUUCACCACACGCUUUCCACAAUCACCCACUAAGCGUGGUGGUCUCAGCAUCCACUUUCCCUCACCGAAAAUCCCUUCCUCACAUCACAUCACAGCGGCGCCACUAGGCCUGCGGGUGAGCGAGGCGGCCAUCAGCCCGGCAGCGUCGGGCAUGAACCCCUUCUUCCGCUACGCCAGCUCCGGCAUCCUGCCGCCGCCGCAGGAGGGCAACGACCACAGGAACCAAUACGAAGUGCGCGUCACAUCCACGUGGCUCCUCCAGGACAUCUUCUGGCCCGUCAAGACGCAGACUGCCUGCGGCGACUGCUGGGCGUAUGCGGUGGUGGGCAGCAUAGAGGCGGCCUACAGCAUAAUGGCGAACCUCUCGGUGGCGCCGCAGCUGUCAGCGCUGCAGCUGCGCUCCUCCAUGCGCGCCGACUGCCAGGGCGGCUCGCCCUCCCAGGCCUUCGCCUUCCUCCUCAAAGCCGCCCGCAGCAAGGCAGUGGUCCGGGGGAGGAAUGUCACUGUGAAUCAACAGGAGAGGCGACUUCUUUGGAGGCAUCUCAACGACGGUGGGGGCCACAGCAAGGCGUUGGUUUGGAGGGGGGCAACUGCGAACACGAAGCAGGAGAGGAGUCGGCUUUGCAUGGCUCCGUUUGUUUCACUCCUUUAA